AUGUGGCUGCUGCUGUUUUUGGCUUGGUUGUUCAUUUGGGCCUGUGGCACAUACUGGUACCUCUUCGGCAAACCCAGUCCUUUCUCCCUGGAAUCAGUGAGGCCACCAGGGCCACGUGUGACUGACCAGAAGUUGAGGGACAAAGUGCUCAAACAAGGGUUCAGUGCCGACAAAGUGCCAAAGGACCUCGAUGCCAUCGUCAUCGGCAGUGGUAUUGGCGGACUGACAGCUGCAGCGACUUUGGCGAAGUUGGGAAAGCGAGUCCUGGUCCUGGAGCAGCAUGACCAGGCUGGGGGCUGCUGCCACACCUACCUGGAGAAAGGAUUUGAGUUUGAUGUUGGCCUUCACUAUAUUGGUCAGCUCCAUGAGAACAGUCUUUUCCGCAUCGCGUUGGACCAGAUCUCAGAGGGGCAGAUCGAAUUUGUGGAGCUGGAGCAUCACUUUGACACCAUCGUCAUCGGUCAAGGAGACGACCGCCGUGACUAUCACAUCUACACUGGCAAAACCGAGAUGGCAGAGCGCCUAAAAAAGCAGUUCCCCAACGACAUAGAAGCCAUCGACGCCUUCUUCAAAAUCAUGAAGGUCUCAGCCAAGAAGACCCAUUACCUAGCUAGUCUGAAACUGAUCCCUCUCUGGCUGGCUCUGUUCCUGCUUAAGUCCCGGAUUGCCCACCUCUGCUCCUCAAUCUUCAGGCUGACUGGUUCCAGCGCUACAGAAGUGGUCAGCACUUUAACAAGCAACAAGGACCUUCAUAUCAUCUUCUCCUACUUUUUCUAUGGUGUGCCCCCCAGAGACUCCAGCACAGUCAUCAAUGCCUUGCUGUUGCAUCAUUACAAACGUGGGGCCUAUUACCCCCGAGGAGGGGCUAGCGAAAUCCCAUUCCACAUCAUCCCUGUUAUCCAGAAACCAGGGGGCAACGUGCUGGUCAGGGCACCCGUCACUCGAAUCCUAGUGAACAAAGAGGGGGCAGCAUACGGUGUUACAGUGAAGAAAGGCCAGGAGGAGGUGGAGGUGCUGGCCCCAGUGGUCAUCUCCAACACUGGAUUAUUUACAACCUUUCAGAAGCUCCUGCCACCUGAAGUCCAGGCCAAGCCAGAAAUUCAAGAUCGCCUUGAUAUGAUGAAGCAUGGUAGGGGAUCCUUCUUGGUCUUCGUGGGCUUUGAUGCAACCCAGGAAGAGUUGGAAAUCGUGCCAACCAAUUUUUGGCUCUUCAAAAACAAUGACAUGGACAGCAUGAUGGACAACUUUUUUAGCCUGAGCAAAGAAGAGGUUGCUGAGAACAUCCCUAUGAUGUUCAUCACAUUUCCCUCUGCCAAAGAUCCCACGGCUAAAGUCCGUCACCCAGGGAAGUCAUGCAUGACCCUGCUGACUAUGGUGAAAUACGAGUGGUUUGAGGAGUGGAAGGACAGCAGUGUGAGGAAGAGGGGGGAUGAAUACUACAAUUACAAGAUGAGCAUCGCUAACAAGCUCUUUGACUGGGCCUGCAUCCACUUCCCCAAAAUCAGGGACAAGGUGGUGUUCAUGGAUGCAGCCACACCUCUCACAAACACACACUACCUGGGUGCCCAGCGAGGGGCCAUGUAUUCUGCUGAGCACAAUCUGGCGAGGUUUCAGGCAGAGGCGAUAGCCAGGAACAGGUGCUCCACACCAGUCAGGAACCUCUUUAUCUCAGGCCAGGAUGUGUUCAGCUGUGGGAUAGCUGGGGCCUUCCAUGGGGGACUCCUUUGCGCCUCCACAGUCCUUGACCACAUUGUCUACAUUGACCUUCUUCUCCUAAAGAAAAAGCUAAAGAGGCAGAAAGCUAGAGAGCUAGCAAGGUCAACCAAGAAGCUGGAGUAA